AUGGAAGAAUUCGAUCGAGUUCCCAGUGACUUUCAAUCUACCAACAACCCCAGUUUGAGUCCCAGCAGCAGCAGCAAUGGUCAUACAUUGACCAUAUCUCCUGGAAUGACACAGUAUUGGACUCCUCACUAUGAAGAUGAAAUCAAACCAGCAGUAGACAUGAUUUUUAAAACAUUGGAUGUUGGUAUUGAAUUCUACAAUCAUUAUACUGCCAAAGUCAGGUUUGACACGAGGUCUAGUUCCGUCGUUAUAGCACGUGACGGGACAAAAACUCAAAAGCAAAUCGUUUGCAAUAGAGAAGGAUUUAAGAAUACAGGAGCUCAACAUUGUCACUCGCAGUCAAGUGCAGAUGCAGGGGAAGGUCCUUCCCGUCCAAAGCGGCGAAGGGUUUCAAACAGAACUGGCUGCAGCGCUAGGAUUAUAUUUAAGUACAUUGGAGCAGCUGGGUACCAAGUUACAACUUUUAUUGAAAAACAUAAUCACAGCAUGUCUUCGGUUCUGGCAAGGCAGUUUCUAAAGGGAAAUAGAAACAUCUCCAGUGUUCACCAGAAGUUUAUACUCGAUUGCGCUAAAGAAAAUAUUGGAGCAUCAAAAUCACACGGUUUAUACAGUCAUAUUGUGGGGGAUUACUCUGAAGUUGGGGCGACUGUAGUUGACUUUAAGAAUGUUAGAAGGGAUCUCAGAGCAUACAUAUUGGGAGCUGAUGCACAAAUACUGGUGCAUAAUCUUAUUAAGAAACAAGAGAUGUGCCCUGCAUUUGCUUUUGACUACGAAGUUGAUGAAGAUGAGCAGAUGAGCAUACUGUUUUGGGCAGAUCCAAUGUCAAAAAAGAAUUUUGCUGCAUUUGGAGAUGUUGUCUCUUUUGAUGCCACGUACUCAAAAAACAGGUACAAUCUGGCAAUGGGUAUAGAACCAAGAAUAAUUGUCACUGAUCAAGAUCCAGCUAUGAAAGUGGCGAUUCCAACAGUUUUCAAGCAAGCUAGGCAUCGUUAUUGCAUGUGGCACAUCAUGUGUAAAGUUGGGGAAAAGGUGGGUCCUACGCUGAACAAGGAUGAGGAAUUCAGGAACAAACUGAACUCAAUCGUUUGGACGUCAUCUUUGGAACCUCCUGAAUUUGAGAAGCAGUGGAGAGAGCUCAUGGAAAAGUACAACUUAGUCGAGCACAAUUGGUUUACAACUAUGUUUGAGGCUAGAAAGCAUUGGAUCCCAGCGUAUUUUAGAGAUGGCUUUAUGGGGGGUCUACUCAGGACAACUUCUCGUUCCGAAAGUGAGAACUACACGUACAGCCGUUUUACUGGUCCCCAAUCAAGCCUAGUUGAAUUCAUGAUGAACUUUGACAGUGCUCUUAAAUCACAACGUAACACAAAUGCAAAGCUCAACAGUGACAAUGAAGGCUACAAUCCAGAUAUGAAGACGCCUCUGGGGAUUGAAAAGCACGCUUCAAUCGUCUACACCAUUACUGUUUUCUAUCAAGUUCAGGAAGAAAUAUGUGCCUUCUGUUUCAAAUGUAUGGUGUUGAGUGUUAGAGAAGACGGUGGAAUGUUGCACUACGAUAUUAUGGAUGGAAAGAACAAAAGAUUUACUGUGGUGCACAAUGUAACUGACCAUGAGACCAAAUGCAGUUGCAAGAUGUUUGAGAUGGUUGGACUGUUGUGUAGACACAUAUUUGUGGUCUUUAGAGACCUUGAAAAGAUCCCUCUGAAGUACGUGGUUAAUCGGUGGACUAAGGAUGCAUCUUUAAAAGCUACAUUUGAAAUAGAUGGUGUCAUUUAUGAUCAGAAUGGACCAAAGGAUGAAAAGAAGAUGUUGCUGAACAAAGUGCGGUCUGAUAUACACUGUUGUAUGGAUCUGGCAGGAAAGGAGAAAUUGUCCCCUCAGCACAGCAGGAGGACUGUUAUAGAAUCAUAUUGUGGAUCAACAGAAAUUUCAGAGAUCAACAUACUUCCACCGAAACAUGCAAAGAACAAGGGCAGCGGCAAGCGUAUCAAAAGCAGCGAGGAGUUGGCAAUGGAAAAACAAGAGGGCAGGAUGUGCAAUUUUUGUGGUGUUAGAGGAGAUCACCAUGACACCAGGACUUGCCCACUUAACCCCAAAAAUAAGGACAAGCAAAAGGGUAAGAAAAAGUACUUUGAAGACAUUUCUUCUGGUUCCGGCAGCAUCCGACACAUCACCAGCCACCCACAAAUGCUCAACUCUCAGCCUUUGGAUGUUGUUUGGAAACUAGAUGAUGAGCUUGAAACUGAGAAUGACAAAUGA